AUGCUGCUUCAGCUAAAUGUGAUACUGAUCGCGAUACUGAUUGCGAUACUGUCAACGACAAAGGCAGAAUCCCAAGUAGCUCAGUCCCUACCUGGCUGCCCAGAUAAAUGUGGAAAUAUUACAAUUCCAUAUCCAUUUGGAACACAAAAGCACUGCAGCUUGAGCGAAGCCUACCAGGUAAACUGUAAGAAUUUAAGCGUCCCCAAAGCCAAUUUUAAAAUCUUAAACAUAACAGUAGAUGGUCUUAUGUAUGGCUUGUUGCCAGUGGCCCAUCAGUGUUACAACAGCACUGGCAGUAUAAACCAGUUACAACACAACAUAAAGCUGUCUAGGUUCCGAAUAUCAAGCACACUCAACCUCCUUACGGCAGUUGGGUGUCACGCUAAUGCCGCCCUCAAGGAUCUGAAGGAUGGAAGCUACAUAAGUGUAUGUAUAUCAAGGACCAGUUGUAAUGGUUUAGAAAAUGGUUCUUGUUUUGGCCAAGGUUGCAUGCAAGUACCCCUUCCUUUUAGGCUCACAAAGUUUCGUCUUCAUGCACAAAGAGUCACAACGAAAGUAGGGAGUUGGAGUUUUAAUAACUGCACAUACGCGUUUCUUGUUCAGAAAGAUCAAUACACAUUUCAUGAAACUGAUCUUGAUAAGAUGCACAAUAGGUCAUUCCCAGUGGCCCUUGAAUGGACAGUUGGUAACACGAGUUGUAAAGAAGCAAAGAAGAACAAAAACAGUUAUAUUUGUAAAGAAAAUAGUAUAUGUGUAGACUCUCUUGUGAAAGUGGAUCAAGGUAACCCAGGGUAUACCUGUAGUUGUGCUAAAGGUUACCAAGGAAACGCAUACCUCCCGCACGGUUGUCAGGAUGUCAAUGAGUGUGAAGGACCUCAAAAUGAUUGCGUAUACGGGGUGUAUGGAUGUCUUAACACGAAUGGGAGCUACACUUGUUCAUGCCCCUCUGGGAUGCUUGGUGAUGGUAGAGAGUCUGGGAGUGGCUGUACUCAUAUAGAAGCAAAGUCACUUAGAAGUUUCUUAUAUAUCGCCAUCGGCACAGGCCCUGCAGCUUCAAUUGUUCUAACAUUUAUCUUAUACUGGGGACUCAAACAAAGGAGGACAAUAAAGAAUAAGGAGAUGUUUUUCAAGAAAAAUGGUGGCUUAAUUCUGCAGAAAAUUCUAUUUGAAUCAAAACAACCCUCCCACAAGGCUAAGAUUUUUGCAGCAAGAGUUCUUGUAAAAGCAACCAAUAACUUUCACAAAACCAAUGUCAUAGGUCAAGGAGGCUAUGGUACAGUUUACAAAGGGACAUUAGAAGAUAAUACAAGGGUUGCCAUUAAAAAGUCCAAGUCGAUUGAUGAGAACCAGAUCGAGCAAUUUAUCAAUGAAGUGAUCAUGCUAUCAGAAGUUAGCCACCCAAAUGUUGUCAGACUCUUGGGUUGUUGCCUAGAAACACAAACUCCUCUUCUAGUUUAUGAAUUUGUAACCAACAAGACUGUCUUCCACCACCUACAUCAAAAGGACUGUGUAUCUUCCAUGACAUUUGAAAGACGACUAAACAUAGCCACACAGACUGCAGAAGCCCUUGCUCAUAUACACUCAACCACACAAAUCAUUCAUAGAGAUAUCAAAUCAUCCAAUAUACUUUUGACAGAUGACUAUACUGUUAAAGUUUCUGAUUUCGGGAUAUCAAGGUUCAUUCCUAUGGAUCAGACUCACAUACAAACACUGGUGCAUGGGACUCUUGGGUACAUAGAUCCUGAGUACUUCCGCUCAGGAAUUUUGACAGAGAAGAGUGAUGUGUAUAGUUUUGGGAUGGUUCUUGUGGAGCUGAUCACAGGAAGAAAGGUCUAUUCAUAUGAUGGAACUGAAAGUGAAUUGGGUUUGGCAAUGUUUUUUGUUUCAUCACUAGAAAGGGGUUGCUUGAUUCAAAUUCUUGACGAUCAAGCAAAGAAAGAAGGAAUCAGUGACCAUAUUGAUUAUGUUGCCAAGAUUGCAAAAGACUGUAUCCAGCUAGAGGGCAAGAAAAGGCCUAAUAUGGAGGUAGUGAAAGAAGAGCUUGAAAAACUGAGACAAUCUUUCAUAAAGAGUUCUCCUGGUGAAUCAUGGUCAUCUUCUCUUGAUUGAUUGAUAAAGGCUGCUCUUCUCCAAAAUGGAUAAAGGUGAGAAGCAAUUGGAUGGACUUUAAGGGGUAGGAGAGAAAAAUUUUUGG